AUGAAAUCAUGUUUGGUACCAGCUGGCAUUGCCAUUCUAGGGCUCCCUUUGUCCUAUGCUAUCAUUCGGCAUACGGCAGUUCGGUUAAACUCGGAGCAUCAUCUUGUUGAUGACUUCAAAGCGUCAAAGUCAUGGAUAGCCAAAUUCGUGCGCGAGUGUGGCUUACGUUCGAGAAAGGUGACGCGAUUUGUCACCACAGGUACCUUACGUUCUAAAGAUGAUGUAGAAGCGGACGCCGAUGUUUUCGUCAAGAGAGUCAGGGAGGAAAUGAGGAAGUACCCCUUGUCUGCAUUUGCCAACGCAGAUCAGACUGGUAUAAACAAGGAGAUAGCCUCAAAGAGAACAUUAGCUCCGGUCGGAUCUAAACAGGUGGUGAGAGCGGUUCAGUCUGUGUCAUCACUAACACACUCAUUCACCGCGAUGCCUGUCAUGUAUGCCGAUGGGCGGCUUGGGGACAAGCUUCUUGUCAUUCUUCCCGAAAGGGGAGGUGUCUUUCCACAGUGCGGACAUUGGCAGGCACCCAACCUGCUGGUGAUGGCUGGGAAGACGCACAUCAUGACAAAGUCCCAGGUCCCGACUUUCGUCAAGGAGUGUGUGGUAGGGUCAAAUUCACCUCCACUGACUGUUCUCCUUGUGGAUAGUUGGGCUGGGUUCACCGACCACGCUAACGUACUUUCGGAAGUACCUCCAGGCAAAGAGCUCCGUUUGAUGACCAUCCCUGCAGGGGCGACUUCCCUCUGUCAGCCUCUCGACGUCUACUUUUUCCGCUUGUUUAAGCGAUACAUCCGACGCAUUCACGAUCACGUGAUACACCAUCAGACGGAUUUCGCGUAUAGCAGGGACAAUAUUUUGAAG